AUGAAAAAAACCCUAGGCUCAGAAGGCAGUUUCUGGGUCGUAGGUGAAGGGAAGGCCACCAACAUGCUUGGAGACGGAGCCUACAAUGUUGUUUUUAUCAGGAUCAUGGUUAUUUUUGUGGGUGAUCGUGUUCCACAUAUAAAACGCCGAUUGGCAUAUCCUAACCAAAACCUUGAAGCUAUUCCGAUACCCUCAGGCCAAAAUGCUACUGGAAAAGUUUGGAAUUUUAAGCUUUCUGUUCGGGCUCGUGGUCGUCAUCGGAAACCAGUCAUUAUAGGAGAAUGGUUGUUGUACGUGCGUAAGAAGGGUCUUGUAGUCUGA